AUGGUGAACCUGGACAACAACAAUCUGAUUGAGCUUCAGGCGCCAACCGAGGCUGGCUCUGCCCUGGCUACCGACGACCUCUCCGAUGAUCCAAGGUCCAACUUUGUGCCGGAGAAUUCUCACCAGCAAGAGAUCUCUUCUUCCUUCCUCAGUGGCUCAUGGCGUGAUACUGGAAUCCCACUCUCGAAUGUAGACAGGACCUCAAGGCACAACGACGCAAGCGUCAGUUCAGGAUCAACACAGGAUGUUCUCACGAUACUAUUUCCCAAGCCCUUCCCGUCAGAUAAUCUCGUGAGUACAUCCGCAUUCCCACGAUCGUCGUCGAUUUUCCAGGAUUCCGUCUUACUCCUCGACUCCUACUCCGGAGUUCUAUCCCGAGUUCUAUCCAUUUAUGAUGGCCGCUUCAGCCCGUUUCGUGCUGCGGCCCUUUCGGAGUGGAGGCGCUCGCCUCUCCUCUACUCUGCGUUCAAGUACUUUGUCGGUAUCUACCGAUCAGGCGGCGAUGCUAACUGUCGACACUGGCUGGGUGUGAAUGAAGCGCGCCUUGUCGUUCUCGGUGGAUUGUCCUCCAGCCUUCUAACCAUUAGCAGGUCUCUUCCAGUUCGAAAGACAGAAGUCCUUUUCGUUGUGUGCAUGUUUGGCCUUAGCAGUAGCUGGUACGAUUGGAAGGAUCUUGGGUUGGAACACUACUACGGUGCAUCUGCACUGCUGUCCGAACUGCUCAUAGAGAACCCCAAGAUUCCGCCGAAGACUACCCAAUUCUUCGCUGAAUUCCUGUUGUACUGGUGGAUGAUGCUAUCCUUUGCUUGCGACCCGGAGUUGCGCCAAAUUCAAGACCCACCACCAAUUCCUCAGCACAUGCCAGAACCACGAAUGCCUCAUCCCUUGACGGGAAUCUCUCCAGAAUCUCAACUCCUUCUGGGGAAGGUUGGCCGCCUUGUCCUCUCGCAGCGUAGGACCGCCCUUCGACAAGCGAUGACUACUGCAGGAGCGCUCAAUUACGGACUCGCUGGUAUUGAGGAGUCUCGCAACCUUGAACAUCAAUUGGUCUCUUUGAAAAUUCCCACAGCCGACAUGAUUUUGGAUCCGCAAGAUCCUCAUACUUCUGUCAAUGACCUGGUCAACAUCGCCCGAGCAUAUCAACUGUGCGGGCUUUUACUGCUUUAUUGUACUUAUCCCAACUUGCUAGACCACAAGCUGCCCCCUGAAACUUCGCAUGCCGCGAGAACCUUGGUUUCGGAGACCCCGAGAUCGAUCGCAGAAUAUCUCAUAUCAUUGGCAAUUCAUGUCCUCCGGGUGCUGGAGCAGAACUCGAAAAACUCAGGCACUCGGACCAUCGAAGCGAUAUUGCUCAUGAUUGUGUCCGGCGUGCUUUCGCAGAGGGCGGUUUGUCCUUCUGGGUCUGAGGGCGAGAUACAGUGCGACAUAUGUUACCAGCUGCCUGGAAUCUCGCUGUCUCACGAACACUCCAGUCUCCACGGCCAAAUGACAGCAACGGAAGCUAGGGCAUUGGUCGUCACGCGGUUUCAGCGAAUCCAAGACAUCCUACCAUUCAAUACAAUCUGGCGCAUGAAGUUGUUAGUUUUAGAGACCUGGAGGCUGAUGGAUCAGGGAUCAGAUGUCUUUUGGGUAGAUUUAUUGGUCCAAAACAACUGGCAAUUUGUGAUGAUUUGA